UUCGAUGGCUUAGAGGGGCCUGGAAUGGAGAAGGAGGAAGAUUCAAAAGAGCGGGACCGGUUGAAGCCCGAAGCGCCAACACAAAAGAGCGGGACCGGUUGAAGCCCGAAGCGCCACUAAUACAAAAGAGCGGGACCGGUUGAAGCCCGAAGCGCCACCAAUACAAAUAGCGGUACCGGAUGAAGCCCGGAGAAAGAGAGAGAAAGAGGGAGAAACUGACAGUACAGCCACAGACGGUACAGAUGAAGCAUGAACAAGUUUAAAGACACAGAUGUAAAGAUGAAUCAUCUGAGAGUUGUCAUUGAAAUUGACAAAAAAAACUUUUCGCACGGAUGAGAUGAAUUGGUUGUUAUGAAAUUUGUUUGUUCCGUUCAAUUACAGAUGGAUACCAGCAGUAAGCUGCGUUGCUCGCUAGCACCGUUCGACGCAACGGUUGAUUCACAAGAUUUACGACGGGAAUGGGAGGAGUGGCUACGAGCCUUCGAGCUGGAGAUGUAGAUGCAGAACGUGUUUACGCAGCACGAAAAGUUCGUGAGGUUGCUCUCAUUCGGAGGGCGAGGUUUGCAACGUAUCUUUUAAAACCUGAAGCCGGUACCGGAGGAGAUAAUCCCGGAAGUCGUUCCGGUUCCAAUGAGGCCACCAGAAGAUCCUGAGUACGACAAUGCCAUUAAGAGAUUGGACAAAUUUUUCGUCGGCAAGGUGAACGACCGGGUGGAGCUCGAAAUUUUCCGCUCGCUGAGGCAGAAGCCAGACGAGUCCUUCAAACACUAUUUGCUGCGACUACGCACGCAAGCCGCUCGAUGUGAGUUCAAUGAACGAGAGGACAAAGAAAUUCUGCAGCAAAUCUCAAUGGCAGCCAAGGACGAGAAAGUGCGAGACAAAGGAUUGGAGAACAUCAUGGACCUGGACGCACUGACGAAUUACGCGAACAAUCGUGAGAUUCUUAUCCAGCAAAAGGAGAAAACAAAGCCAUUUGUGGCAGAGGAGGUGCUCGCUACGUCAAAACAUCGUGGAAGUGGCUGGUCUGCUGGACCCAGUCGCUCUCGUGGUGAUUCAAAGCCAAGAGGACGGUUUGGAACGAGUCGACCUCGCGUUGUGUGCACCCGGUGCGGUUCCUGGAACCACGACAGCAACUCGAACAGCUGCACAGCACGUGGUUUGCGUUGUCGGCAGUGCGGGAAAAUCGGGCACUACGCUCGAAAGUGUCCCGGUCGUGGACAGAACGAAUGGAGGCGUCCGGAAAACGAUGCCAAUGCUUUGGACGAGGCAGAAGCUUGGAAGGAGGAGGUCCCGCGGCGCCCGAAACCCGAGGAUAUCUCUAAGGUCGAUGAUUCUGGCAGCAACGGAAGUGAUGGGCACAUCUUCUGCAUGAUCGAUUCCUAUCCAGUGGAAUUUCUAAUCGAUUCCGGUUCGUCAAUCAACACGAUCACAGAGGAUGUUUGGGAUAAACUGACUGAAGCCAAGGUUAAGCUGUACAAUGAGAGGUCACACUGUAGCCGGAGCUUCACGGCAUACGCAAGCCGGGACUCGUUGUGCGUGCUGACAAUGUUCGAAGCUCACGUGUCAGUCAACCCAUGGAAGCCACACACUUAUGCAGAGUUUUUCGUCAUUAAGGGAGCCACGAAAUGCCUUCUGAGUAAACGAACAUCCGAGGAACUCCAUGUGCUCAAGGUUGGAAUCAGUGUUGAUAACAUUACCGCGAAGGUUUAACCGUUUCCGAAGUUCCCUAACGUUCAAGUCAAGUUGUCCAUUGACAAAAGCGUUCCUCCCAGACUGAUCUCGUACCUCCGUGUGCCGGUGGCUAUGGAAGAGAAGGUGGACGCCAAGAUCAUGGAAAUGCUGCAAACCGACAUUAUCGAAAAAGUUGAAGGCCCGCCUGUAUGGAUCUCCCCGAUGGUAGUUAUUCCCAAGGGCUCGGGGGACGUACGAAUCUGCAUAAACAUGAAAUAUCCCAACGAGGCGAUAAAGCGUGAACACUAUCCGCUUCCGGUCAUCGAUACGUUCCUGAAUAAACUACGAGGCGCGGUGUACUUCUCAAGAUUGGACAUUACUUCUGCGUUCUACCACGUUGAAUUACACCCUGAAUCCAGAGCAAUAACAACGUUCAUGACUGCGAGAGGUUUGAUGCGGUUCAAAAGGUUAGAAUGGUUGAAUUUUUCAGGUGACAAAUUCAAACAAAUUGGUUGUAUUUUAGGUUAAUGUUCGGGAUAACGUGCGCGCCAGAAAUCUAUCAACGCAUCAUGACCGAGAUGUUAGCUGGAAUAGAAGGAGUGAUAAUCUAUAUUGACGAUAUAGUGGUGGCGGGAAGAACCCUUCAGGAGCACGACGAGCGUUUGCGGGAAGUCCUCGCAGUGCUGGAACGCAACAACACGAUGCUGAAU